AUGCAUCUUUUUCCGCGUCUCUUCAGUGCAGAUGUAGGUUUCCCCGAACAUAUCGCGAUAUCCGAUUAUCCUCGAGCGAUCGUGAUUCCUCUCGACCGACACAUAUACCAAUUCGAGGACACGCCUUUCGUCAAGACCCUGACGGGUAAGACCAUUACCCUCGACGUCGAGUCGAGCGACACCAUCGACAACGUCAAGACCAAGAUCCAGGACAAGGAGGGCAUCCCCCCAGACCAGCAGCGCCUGAUCUUCGCUGGCAAGCAGCUUGAGGAUGGCCGCACCCUGAGCGACUACAACAUCCAGAAGGAGUCCACCCUUCACCUUGUCCUGCGCCUGCGUGGUGGUAUUAUCGAGCCCUCCCUCAAGGCCCUCGCUUCCAAGUACAACUGCGAGAAGUCUAUCUGCCGCAAGUGCUAUGCUCGUCUCCCUCCCCGUGCCACCAACUGCCGUAAGAAGAAGUGCGGACACACCAACCAGCUCCGCCCCAAGAAGAAGCUGAAAUAG